AUGCAGGAUAUGGAGCUUGCCACAACGGCCCUGGGAGUGACCACGCUGCAGGACCUCGAGGCGAUGAAGACUAUCAAACCAGCCACAGUGCAGACAGUUGAGAAGCUCCAGAAGCUGAACCAACAAGGCUGCAAUCUCUACGCCACAGUCUUCUACGGAAUCAGGAUUUGUCUUGUGACACAGGAGUUCCUCGCGACUCCGCCAGCGCCACCUGGUGAUUUCAACCCGAACCGGAGAGUGCUAGAGUUAUUGAACGCAACCUUCAAUCCCUUCGACCUUCAAUCCACUAGCACACUCAUCUCCCAUGACACUGUGUUGGCCUUGCGCAGGAAGAUCUACUUGUUCCUCAUGAGCACGACUACCGUCAAUGAGUCUCUCAAGGGUAAAUUGCAGAUCAAGCUGUUCGCCGAAGCUGAGCUAGCAGGUGGAUGGUCCGAACAUAUUCGGCCGUCUAUCUCACAGUACUUCGACCUGCUUGAGAGCACCAGACGAGUGACCGCUUCGGUCCUGAAUCCUACUUCGCCGACAUCAGUGAGGAGCUUUUCACAGGCUGCGACACCUAAAUCGAUCCUCAAGAGCAAGAGUUCUGAUUCGGUUUGUCGCCGGCUAUUCACCGAGACCAAGAGACCCGACACAGAUGAACCAGUUCCUACAAUUCACCCAUCCUUUCAGGGGGGUGCGAGUGAAGACACAGCAACUACAAAAACAAAGCCCAGUUUUGAUACGCAAACAUUGGUUGACGUAACGGGAAGCACGCAUUCUGGAAGUGAAGUUGGAGUGGCGCCUGAGCCUCCAGCUCCUGACAUCCCACUUAUUCCGGCCCAUUCGCCUCAUAACAGAAGCAUGUCUGCAGACCACAAGUCGCGAAGGCUGAAAGCCAAAAAGAGUCUGGAUUCUGCUACGUUCACUGCUUCUAAACGGAGACCGGGCCCCAGACCACUGCAGCCCUAUAAAUCAGCCGAGGAUCUUUUCUCCAAGCUAAAAGAACAAGCAACGGCAUCACAGAGCUUUGACCCGGAGCAGCUCGUGCCAAGACCGGGCCCUUUCAAGAUGCCUAUCCCUCGUCCACCAGCCACUCCCACAUUCGGCCUCAAGUCAGUGCGGUUCAGCGAGAUGGACAAGCUGCAUGCGAAGAAGCACUUUAAAGGUCUCAAGGAGAAGGACAAGGAGGAGGAGGAGAAAUGGGCUUACAUCAGGCGAGGCCUCAUCGACAAAGCCCGGGAUACCAAGGACGGCAGAGAGACAGCCACGCCCGAGCCAGGAACGUCUUGGAAAUGGAAUGAGAAAGAUGAUGAUGAACAGGUCAUCAAGCCAAAGCUUGACAAGGACAAGCUGCAGCAGUGGAGGAAUGCACAGCACGCUGCCGAGGAAGCCUAG